AUGAAGUUGACUGCACUCUUAGCUUGUCUUCUAGCUGUCAUUACUAUUUCAUGUGUUCAAGCUAGUAGCAUGGAUGACGCUUUAAAGAAAUUUUGUGGUGGUCUUGAACUUCCUGAACCCAAGAAGGGUCACACAUUUUCUAAUCCAAAGAAAAUCAAGAUUACAGUCAAAAGAAAACCUAAUUCCGAACAAAAAGUUAUUUCUGCAGUUGAUGCUUAUUCUAUCAACAGUAAAGGACAAGCACAAUAUCUUCGUACAGUUUGGAAGGGUAGUUACAAAUUACAUAAGAAGGCCUCUUUAACUGUUAAUUUAGAGAAAGCACAGGUCAAAUUCCCUGGACAAUUUGAAUUCCGUGUCUGGGUUCACAAUGAGAGGGGUCCCGAUUGUACCUUAAUGUCUAAGGUCUUCAAGGUCAAAUCCUCCUCCCAUAAUAACGCUGCUGAAGAAGCUGAAUACCAACAACUCAAUGAAAAUAUUGACCGUGGCUGUUUCGGUGUUGAAUUAGUCUCUCCUGGUUUGGGUGGUGAGGUUAUUGCUGGUCAACCAUUUAAUGUUCAUAUUAAUCGUGAUUCUGCUGCUCAUACAGACACUGUUACCAAGUUAGAACUUUAUCGUGUUAACUUGGAUUCCCGUGAAUCAACAAAGAUUCAAGAUUCCUGGUCUGGUAGUGAAAUGAUCACUAACCUCAUGAGCAUCAAAAAUACCAUUCCUACCUCUGCUAAGGUACCUAACUCUGCUUUCUAUUACAAAUUGUCUGGUACUACUCAACAUGGUGAAUCUUGUGAUUUCUUCUCUCAUCCUUUCUAUGUUAACUAA